GGCCGGGCGGCGGCUGCACAAAGGCCGAGGCACGCCAGGGCGGUUCUUAGCCGCAGCUUCAGCAGGCAACCUCCCGGCGGGACCCCGCGGGCGGCAUUGGAGCGGACUGGAUGCCCACUUUCCCCGCCAGCUCUCCUCCGCUUCGCUUCCCUACUGCUGCUGCUGCUCUGCUCCUCCCUCUCGCCAACUCCCAUGCCCGGCAUCUGUCCCUCGAGUUCAGCGAUGCCCUUUCCGUUGGCACAGCUGAGCUUAGCGCUGCUGCUGCUGACUCUGGUGCCCAUCCCAGGACUGGCAGGGCCAGUGACCACGUGCGAUGCCAACGGGAGCCUGUACUAUGUUGGGGAGUGGUAUUUCCUGGACAGUGACCACUGCACCCAGUGCGAGUGCACAGCGGAGGGGCCCGCCUGCGCCCGCACGGACUGCACCGCUCUGCCACCUGCCUGCAUUCACGUCAGCCACUACCCCAGCGACUGCUGCCCACGCUGCGAAAGGGUUGGCUGUGAGCACCGUGGACAAGUGUAUGAGCUGGGGCAGCAUUUCCAGGUAAGGCAUUCAAGGGAGAAUUAGGCAAAGGGGUGGCAUGAGAAGGAAUCUAGAGCGAGGUGGGCAGGGAUGAAUAGGUGAUGGAUGGGCAAAGUGAGGAUAUUCAAAAGCAGGAGAAAAAGCGAACGCUCCUGAAAAAGAAUCUCAAGCAGUCCCUUCUGUUUCUUAAAUCUUGUUCUGAAAGGGAGGCCUAGGCAGGAGAGUAAGAGACUGGAAGCAGGAACGCUGUGUCUUUAUAGUUUGUUCAUUACUGGCUGAAGCAAAAGAAAAUACAAACAAAAUGAAUAAAUUGCAUUUUUCCAAAGUGGGCGAGAAGCACCAAAUCAAAAGUGCUCUAUGAAGCUGGAGGUGCUCUUAAGAUGUUCCCAUAAAACCAAUAAUUCAGAAGGCAAUUUUAUUGGCUGUAGUACCUAGCUGAGCAUCCUUUGACUAAUUGAAUUUCAUUUUCAUCCAUUUCUUAGGCCUGACAUUGACCUGUUCAGACCUUGCUUCUGGCUAUUGUCUGUUGCUGCCAAAAAUGUGUGUAGUUUAUUUUAGGACUUGAGUCAGACCAAACAAUCUCUAGCAUGGCUGACUUGGACAAUUGAGGGUGGGUUUGGAAAGGAGUAUUUUUGGCACUAAGCCUGCACUAGCCGAAGGGAGUCAAAUUCUGGCCCUGAGGCUGCAGGUGGAAGAUCAAAGCCCUCCAUUCCUGGGCUCCAUGCCUCUUUGGAUAGCAUGAAUUGAGUGUUUGCAAAAAAUAAGUGUAUUGAUGAAGAAAGGACCAGUUGCUACAUAUAGUCAAAGAAUGGGCAGUGGGGUUCUUCCUAGGUGAAUUGUCCGUUAGCUAAACACCAAAUUAUUGUGUGUCUGUUUGAUGACUUAUCUCUUGGCCUGUCCCAUUUACCCAAACACAAAAUUCUAUUGAAAGGUACACAGAAAGUAAAUGCUUUCUGCAAAGCCAUAUUGAGCCAUAAUUUCCCCCCAAAUAAUAACUUUAUUAUGGCCAACCAAAAUAUCAUAUAAUAGGAAGCAAGCUUCUGAUUAUCCAGAACCAUUUAGCUGGGGCCUAACUUGCCCUAAAAUACUUUGCUCAGCCAAAGCUUCUCAGUUCUUUACUAGGGAUGGCCAUUUUGCUCUAGGUCCAGAACAUCUGGGUUGUGGAUACAGUAAUAUAGGGCUGCUUCCCAGCACCUCCUGGAACUAGGUUAUCUUGCAUUUGCUUACAAGCAAGACAAGUGCUGUAGAUCUAGAGAGAGAGAAAUUCUGUAAUUAGGAAGGGUAAACACUUUCCUUUGUACUGUAGGUUUGUAGUAAGAACAAGAUAUCAACUUGCCAGUGAAGUUGUGCAAUCUCCUUCCCUGGAGUUAUAAAGAUGAUCAUGGACAAUUACAUCAUUAAGAUAUGAUUUUUGGUGUUAAAUGUUGAUGUCAUCUUCCAGCUUUGUUAUUUUAAAGUAUUGUGACGAGUGAUCUAGAACAAGUGACCAAUGUUUUUAUUUGCAACCACUUGAACUUCAGUGGAGCCCAGUCUUUAUCAUCACCCACCCUGAAAGUGUGAAAUCAGACAACCAAUCUAUUAGUUCAGGAGGGAAGGAAUUUGACAGACGGUAGAAUCUUGGAACUUUCCCCUUAGGGCAGAGAACAAAAGCAUGUGGCUUGGCUAGAAUUACCUCAUGUUUUGCAAGUGAGAAGGCGAAUGAGAGGUGAGGUGCUGAAAAUGACUUCAGUAUCCUUUGCUGGAUAUUUUAAGGAGGAGCUUGAUUGGUUAAUGGGUUCCAAAACACAUUCAUGGGCCUUUUUAGCAUAUUGGGAUCCUUGAUGGUUCUGUGCUACUGAGGACAAUCUCUCACUCACUCACAGUUUUCUCUAUUCAACAUUUUCUUAUGACCAGUCAGUUUCCCCAGUGGCCAGCCGCAUGAUUAUUUGAGAGUAAUCUUGAGUUGGCCAGAGCUGACAAGAUACACAAAGUCAAGGGAGAUUGGUACAGAAGCUUUUCCUCCCUCAUUAUCUAUCAAUUCUUGGUUGAUAGUGCCAUCUGAUGGUAUAAUCCCAGUACUGCCAUGGCUAUGCAUUCAGUUUGGAAUGCUUCUUCACACAUUACAAAAAAAGGAAGAUGAUGGGCCUUUUAUUUCUUUUGUGAUCACCCCCUCCCCUGAUACUUAAAGCACAGAUACAGGUAAGCAAAGAAGCAGUCAGGAGCCUAAUCCAAUUAAGUAUCUGAGGCAUGAGUUUCCCACCUGCUUGCAUACACACAUCUCUUUUUGCAAGUUACAGACAGAAGACAUGACUAAUUCAUUCUGGAACUGCAAAAUCCAGUCAAUUCUGCAACCUGGUGGUGUGGGGUGGAUGGGUAACCUAUUUCUCUCAGCCUAAUUUCAUUAGGAGGAAAAGGGGGAGGGAAACAGGGUGGCAGCUGCAUCAUCAUCAUCAUAACCGUGUGCUGUCCACGUAAAGCUGCCUUGCUCUAUUGACCAAUAUUUGUCUCUCACAGCCCUCAGAGUGUGAGCAGUGUACCUGUGACCUAGAUGGCAUCGCUCGUUGCCUAGUGGCAGACUGCGCCCCUCCGCCCUGUGUCAAUCCAGUCUACGAGAAGGGCCACUGCUGCCCCACCUGUGAGGACGGUGAGAAAGACACACCUUCACAGCAAGGGACAAGUGUUCCACUUCAGGCUGUCCAGAAGGGGGAGAGAACUUUGUCUCCCUCGUUGUUCAGGGCCCCUGUCCUACUGGAGCAGGGAAGUGAGAGGAAUUGGGCCAAGCUGACCAGACACAAGGUUGCUUAACUGAACAGGAAGCCUCCUACUUAGAAAUGAUGGUGGGACACCUGGUAACCCCCACCUCAUCUUGAAGGAUUUGGCAGGUGUUUGGCCCUAGUGUUAGAAGAGGGGCUCCCCCCAAAAUGAAAAAUGUCCUCCUGGUACAAAAGCAGCCUGUAGCACAGAACCUGUGGACGAACAGGCACUAGGUGAGCUCCCGGUAGAGGAUAGGGGUGCAAGGCUGGAGUAAUAAUAAUUUAUAAUUUUAUUAUUUAUACCCCGCCCAUCUGGCUGGGUUGCCCCACCUACACAUGUACUCUUAAACUGCUUGCCAUUUCUGCUUCUAAAAGUCAUGAUGAGACUUCUGCAAACAAGGGCAGACUCUAAUACAUGGACAUGUCUCUCCACAGGGCCCAACUGCUACGUGGAUGGGAGCCAGCGACGCGUAAUUCCUGCUGGGGAAAGCAUAUGGGUGGGGCCCUGCACCCGUUGCCGCUGUCAUGAUGGCCAGGACGCCGGUUACUGGGAAGGAAACCGCUUAGCUAAGUGCGAGCGGCUACGGGGAUGCCGGGCUACAGGAGCACAUCACACCUGAGCUGCUCCAAACACCAAACAAUUCCUGGGCCAGCCAUUCUUCAGCACCUGCAAGGCUUCUGCUUACCCAGACAAGCCCUAGUGUGCCCUUACACCCAGCCCUGGCCCAACUCCUUCAACCAUACACAUAAGCAAUUGCCAGUCGCAGACCCCUUUCAAGAUCUACCCCCUUUCCCUUGACAAUGUCUAGAGUUAUUACACAGGGGAGUAGCUCAUAUGAGAAAGCCCGUUUUAUUUAGGAUGGGUGGGCAACCUGUGGCCAUUCAGAUAUAGUUGGACUCCCAGCUCCCAUCAGCUGUAGCCAGCAUGGCUAAUGGUUAGGAAUAAUUUAGCCACAUCUUGAGAGCUAGAGGUUCCCCAUAUGAUUUAGGGAAUCACCCACCAACCACCACCACAUUCCCACUCCAGCUUCAACUAAACAUAGCAUCUUUUGCUACUAUUUAACAGUUUUUCUCUGUGUGUGAGCAUCAAUAAAAGAACCUUGUAGAAUA